GGGGAAGGUAGAUCUACAACUGUAAGCCCUUUGUAUCACAUUUUGAAGGAAGAGAUCUACUUCAUUUCCUCCGUAUCUUCUUCUUCUUCCUUCUUUCUUCAUAUUGUCCAUUUCUCUACUGCUGAUAAACUUAACAGAGACGAGACCCAUUGGGUGCAUUAUUAUUCUAUAGAAUGAUCGCUUCAACUGUGCGAAAGCCCCUUUUUGGCGUUACUCUAUUGACCUUCUCUCUCUUUCUCCUUCUCUUCUUCUUCACACCUUUUCCUUUCUUCUCCGACCCUUCUGUUACCUUCAAUUCUUCACGGCGUGUAAGACCCGAGAUAUGGAGCAUACGAAGAUUAGCUGAGUGGCGACCUUGCAAUUGGUGGCUCCAACCUCGAACUAAUGCUCUUCCUGCUCAGGCUAAUGGGUAUAUUCGAGUGGAUUGCUAUGGUGGGCUCAAUCAGAUGAGGAGAGAUUUGUGUGAUGGUGUUGGAAUAGCUCGUUUGCUGAAUGCUACUCUUGUUUUGCCAAAGUUUGAAGUAGCUGCAUACUGGAAUGAGUCGAGUGGUUUUGAAGAUGUAUUUGAUGUAGACUUCUUCAUCCAACAAAUGAAGGGAUUUGUUAAUGUGGUGAAAGAGCUUCCAAUUGAGAUUGCAUCAAAAGAUCCUGUUAGAGUUGAUUGCAGCAAACGCAAAGGCCAAUUUGACUAUGUUGAGAGUGUUCUUCCUUCCCUACUGAAGCAUGGAUAUAUCUCAAUCACCCCUGCAAUGAGUCAAAGAAGGGAUAGGUACCCUCUUUAUGCAAAAGCUGCACUUUGCCAGGCUUGUUAUAGUGCGUUGCGCCUUACAAACACAUUGGAGAAGAAAGCGCUUGAGCUUCUACAAGCUAUACCAAAGCCCUUCUUAUCGCUUCACCUUCGGUUUGAACCUGACAUGGUAGCUUAUAGUCAAUGCGAGUACUCUGGUAUUUCUCUUGCUUCUGCAAAAGCCAUAGAAGCUGCACGGGUUGACAGGAAACCUUGGACUGGGGAAACAGCUCGUAUUUGGAGAAACCGUGGAAAGUGUCCACUUACCCCCAAUGAAACUGCAUUCAUACUUAAAGCUUUAGCCAUACCCACCAAUACGACAAUUUAUUUGGCAGCUGGUGAUGGCCUGAUGGAACUUGAGGGACUUACAUCUGUGUAUACCAAUGUUGUUACCAAAUCUAGUCUUCUUAGCGGAGAGGACUUCACAACCAUGCAUGGGAAUACAAAAGCUGCACUGGAUUAUUACGUGUCUAUUAACAGCGAUUCUUACAUGGCUACUUAUUUUGGGAACAUGGAUAAGAUGGUUGCAGCAAUGCGAGCUUUCACGGGGUUGUAUAAGACAAUUUUCUUGAACAGGAAAGCCUUUGCAUUGUUUACCUCUCAGGGGUUUAAAGGGAAGGAACUAACAGGAGCCCUUUGGAAGGUUCAUAGAGAUGAUUUUAUAAUGGGUAGAGGAUCUGCCUUACCUGACUGUUUUUGUGAAUUCAAUCUAUGAACUUAUGUUUUCCUCUUCAAUUUAUUUGUUACUUGAUGUUUUGGUUAUAUACCCGGAGCAACUUAUUCGAAAAGAUGUCGUGUUUGAUGUAGGCGUCAUUCACAAAUUUAUGUGGGAGAGAGACAUUUGAUUUAUGUAUUUAAAGUGUAUGUAGCUUAUGGAACACCACAUGUAGCAUUUGAUAAUUUGCAUUCAUUUCUUCUUUCAA